AUGCCGAUCAAAAGAGCGUCAUACCGCAACGCGGUGGUGUGCGCUUGCGCUUCUCUUUUCCUCUUCGCCGUUUGCGCUUUGCCAAUCAACGCCGAAAAUCCUACUGAAAUCACGGGCACGGUGAUCGGCAUAGAUCUCGGCACGACGUACUCUUGCGUUGGUGCAUACGUAAACGGUAAAGUCGAGAUCAUCGCUAAUGAUCAAGGGAACAGAAUCACACCAUCUUACGUCGCAUUCACCGAUUCUGAAAGACUAAUCGGAGAUUCGGCCAAGAACCAGGCGUCUGCCAAUCCUACUCGGACGGUGUUUGAUGCAAAGCGGCUCAUCGGCCGAAAAUUCACGGACAAAGAAGUACAACGCGAUCUUAAGAUGUUCCCAUUCAAAGUUGUGGACAAAGACAGUAAGCCAUGCAUUGAAGUUGAACUCAAAGAAGGCAAGAAGGUUUUCCAGGCUGAAGAAAUUUCAGCGAUGGUUCUCACGAAGAUGAAGGAGACCGCCGAGGCGUACCUGGGUAAGGAUAUCAAACACGCCGUCGUAACUGUCCCAGCGUAUUUCAACGACGCACAGCGUCAAGCGACAAAAGAUGCUGGUGUUAUCGCUGGCUUAAACGUCGCCCGCAUCAUUAACGAACCCACAGCUGCGGCGAUUGCAUAUGGGUUGGACAAGAAAGGCGAGAAAAACAUUCUUGUUUUUGAUCUCGGAGGAGGUACGUUCGACGUAUCGAUUCUCACGAUCGACAACGGUGUUUUUGAAGUCAUCUCCACGAACGGAGAUACUCAUUUAGGCGGUGAGGACUUCGAUCAACGUAUCAUGGAAUAUUUCAUGAAACUCAUCAAGCGCAAGCACGGCAAGGACGUAUCAGGCGACGUGAAGGCUGUGCAAAAGCUUAGACGUGAAGCCGAAAGGGCUAAGCGAACUCUUUCCAAUCAACAUCAAGUGCGAGUCGAAAUCGAAGCUCUUUUCGAUGGGAUCGAUUUCUCUGAACCCCUUACUCGCGCCCGAUUUGAAGAGCUGAACAACGACCUCUUCCGCAAGACCAUGGGACCUGUCAAAAAAGCCAUGGAUGACGCGGGCAUGAAGAAGAGCGAAAUCGACGAAAUUGUGUUGGUCGGUGGUUCGACUCGAAUCCCGAAGGUUCAGGACCUCCUUCGAGACUUCUUCGACGGCAAGGAACCAAACAGAGGAGUCAAUCCUGACGAAGCUGUUGCGUACGGCGCCGCUGUGCAAGGUGGAAUACUUUCGGGUGAAGGCGGCGAUGAAACCAAAGAUAUCCUCUUAUUAGACGUGGCACCGCUUACUCAAGGUAUUGAAACUGUUGGAGGAGUUAUGACGAAGCUCAUCCCCCGUAAUACGGUUAUCCCAACUAAGAAGUCACAAACUUUCACCACUUAUCAGGACAACCAGCAGACGGUAAUGAUCCAGGUUUUCGAAGGCGAACGAGCGAUGACUAAAGAUAAUCAUCUUUUGGGUAAGUUCGAGCUCACCUCAAUCCCUCCAGCUCCUCGCGGUGUGCCUCAGAUUGAGGUCACUUUUGAAAUCGACGCAAAUGGCAUCCUGAACGUUGGCGCUGAAGACAAGGGAACAGGCAAAUCAGAAAAGAUCACCAUAACGAACGACAAAGGACGGUUGUCGCAAGAAGAAAUUGAGCGCAUGGUCGAAGAAGCAGAAGAAUUUGCGGAAGAGGAUAGGAAGACGAAGGAACGCAUUGACUCGCGUAAUAGUCUUGAGACGUUUGCGUACAACAUGAAAAACACGAUUUCUGACUCCGACAAACUCGCUGACAAGCUCGACGACGACGACAAAAACACGAUUGAGGAAGCAGUCAAAGAGACUCUUGACUGGUUGGAUGAAAAUCAAAGCGCUGAAAAAGAAGACUACGACGAACAGCUGAAGCAGCUCGAAGAAGUCUGCAACCCUAUUGUGGCCAAAGCGUAUCAGAGCGCGGAAACGGACGAUUCGGAGACUGUUGACGAACACGACGAACUUUAA